ACAACAUCUCUGUCCCUUUCCUACUUUCUUCCAUUUCACAUCGAGACCCUUUGCACCUUUUGCAUUCUCGACCACAACUGCUUUUCUUGUGAUACCCCCACCUCCCUCACAUAACCGCCUCUACAACUGUCCCAACAACACCUUUUCUGCCACAUACACAACCGUCACAAUGGCGCCAGCUGUUGGUAUUGAUCUGGGUACCACGUACUCUUGCGUCGGUGUCUUCCGCGAUGAUCGCAUUGAGAUCAUUGCCAAUGACCAGGGCAACCGUACCACACCCUCAUUCGUUGCUUUCACGGAUACAGAGCGUCUUAUUGGCGAUGCCGCGAAGAAUCAGGUCGCCAUGAACCCGCACAACACCGUCUUCGAUGCGAAGCGGUUGAUUGGCCGCAAGUUCCAGGACUCUGAGGUUCAGGCCGACAUGAAGCACUUCCCCUUCAAGGUCAUCGAGAAGGGCAGCAAGCCCGUCAUCGAGGUUGAGUUCAAGGGCGAGUCCAAGCACUUCACCCCUGAGGAGAUCUCCUCCAUGGUCCUCACCAAGAUGCGCGAGACUGCUGAGGCCUACCUUGGCGGCACCGUCAACAACGCUGUCGUCACUGUUCCUGCCUACUUCAACGACUCCCAGCGUCAGGCCACCAAGGAUGCUGGUCUCAUUGCCGGUCUGAACGUUCUCCGUAUCAUCAACGAGCCCACCGCUGCUGCCAUCGCCUACGGUCUUGAUAAGAAGGUUGAGGGCGAGCGCAACGUGCUCAUCUUCGAUCUGGGUGGUGGUACCUUCGAUGUCUCCCUGCUCACCAUUGAGGAGGGUAUCUUCGAGGUCAAGUCUACUGCUGGUGACACUCACCUGGGUGGUGAGGACUUCGACAACCGUCUGGUUAACCACUUCGUUAGCGAGUUCAAACGCAAAUUUAAGAAGGAUUUGUCUUCCAACCCUCGUGCUCUGCGCCGUCUCCGCACUGCUUGCGAGCGUGCCAAGCGUACCCUCUCUUCCUCCGCACAGACUUCCAUCGAGAUCGACUCUCUCUUCGAGGGUAUUGAUUUCUACACGUCCAUUACCCGUGCUCGUUUCGAGGAGCUGUGCCAGGACCUCUUCCGCUCUACCCUGCAGCCUGUUGACCGUGUCCUGACGGACGCCAAGAUCGACAAGUCUCAGGUGCACGAGAUUGUCCUGGUCGGCGGUUCUACCCGUAUUCCCCGCAUCCAGAAGCUGAUCACCGACUACUUCAACGGCAAGGAGCCCAACAAGUCCAUCAACCCCGAUGAGGCUGUUGCCUACGGUGCUGCCGUUCAGGCCGCCAUUCUGUCUGGCGAUACCAGCUCCAAGUCCACCAACGAGAUUCUGCUCCUGGAUGUUGCGCCGCUCUCCAUCGGUAUCGAGACCGCUGGUGGCAUGAUGACCAAGCUCAUCCCCCGCAACACCACCAUCCCUACCAAGAAGUCCGAGGUCUUCUCGACCUUCUCCGACAACCAGCCCGGUGUGCUCAUCCAGGUCUACGAGGGUGAGCGUCAGCGCACCAAGGACAACAACCUGCUCGGCAAGUUCGAGCUCACCGGCAUCCCUCCUGCGCCUCGCGGUGUUCCUCAGAUCGAGGUUACCUUCGAUGUGGACGCCAACGGUAUCAUCAACGUCUCCGCCCUGGAGAAGGGUACCGGCAAGACCAACAAGAUUGUCAUCACCAACGACAAGGGUCGUCUGUCGAAGGAGGAGAUUGAGCGUAUGCUGUCAGAGGCCGAGAAGUACAAGGAGGAGGAUGAGGCCGAGGCUUCCCGUGUCUCUGCCAAGAACGGCCUCGAGUCCUACGCCUACUCUCUGCGCAACACCCUGUCCGACUCCAAGGUCGACGAGAAGCUUGACGCUGCCGACAAGGAGAAGCUGAACGCUGAGAUCAGCACGGUCGUUACCUGGCUCGACGAGAACCAGACCGCCACUCGUGAGGAGUAUGAGGACAAGCAGAAGGAGCUCGAGGGCAUUGCCAACCCCAUCAUGAUGAAGUUCUACGGUGCUUCCGGUGCUGGUGGCAUGCCUGGCGGUAUGCCAGGUGGCAUGCCCGGUGGCGCUCCCGGCGCUGCCCCUGGUGGCGACGACGGUCCUACCGUCGAGGAGGUCGACUAAGCGAUUUCACCUCGCAAAGAUUGCAUGUCGACGAGGAUUUGGAGGAGUUCAAGGCCUUUCGAUUUUUACGACAUGCUAAGGGGUUAACUUAGACGAUGGAGUCUCUUUCCUUUGUUUUUGCCAUGACUUAAUGAUACAGGGAAAAAUUCGGCUCGGAAGGGUAUACAAGUGCAUUGGUCGUACUUAAUUCAUUCGACAGAAAGGAAUUCAAUAAAAAAAAUAAAAAAUCAAUAAUCUCU